AUGGGAGUUAGGGUGUAUGUUGAGCUUAAGAGAGAAAACAAAGGAUUUGAGAUGUAUCCGAUGUGCGUUACCAUAACUGAUAAUGGGAUUGAUGAAUUUGUGUCCGGAGAAUCCGCAGUUGGGGACGAUAUAUUUCAAAUUGAAAUUGAAGAUUAUAGGCAUGCUAUGGAUGUAGUUGAAUCAAAUGAUUCGGAUUUGUCGGAUUGUUCCAAGGCUGUUGUAUUAUUUGAAAACAACGACAACUUCAUAAUUUCGAACAAGGAACAAAAGGAAGUUUUCGUUGAUCAAAUAUACAAGGAUAAGGAUACUCUGAGGACAGUUAUGGCAAAUUAUGCAAUUCGUAAAAGAUUCAAUUUCAGAACUUACACAUUGGUAUGCUGGUCAACUGACUGUCAUUGGAAAUUCCGAGCUUCUAGUAUUGCCAAUUCUGAAAUGUUCAAAGUGAGAUAUUUCCAUGACGAACAUACAUGUCCGUUGAAGGACAAGGUGUAUUCCCAAAGACAAGCAACAAGUGGGUUUAUUUGGGCAUCAGUUGUUAAGCCAAAAAUAGCAAACCACAAGAGGAAAUAUACACCUAAUGAUAUAGUAGACGACGUAAAAAAUGAGUUUGGCGUUGAUGUUUCUUAUAUGACGGCCUGGAGGUCUAGAGAAAAGGCAAUGAAUGAAUUAAGAGGGGAACCAUCUGAAUCAUAUAAUAAGUUACCGGGUACAUUCGUAUCAGCCAGCACGAUGGGUGCAGGAAAUAUUUUGCCAUUGGCAUAUGGUGUGAUAGAUUCCGAGAACGAUAAGUCUUGGACGUGGUUCUUUGAGCAGUUCAGACAAGCUUAUGGAAUUAGGUAUAACAUGUGUGUUGUAUCGGAUAGGCAUGAGAGCAUUAUUAAGGUAGUGUUAAGGGUAUAUCCAACUGUACCACAUUUGGCGUGUAAAUGGCAUUUAUGGAAAAAUGUGACAAAGCAUUACAAAACGAAAGAUGAAGUAUUGAGCCCCGUAUUCUAUGCACUUGCAAAAGCAUACACACAGGAUGAGUUUGACAAGCUGAUGGAGAAGAUUCAGAAGGUUGAUUAUCCGGUGAAAGAUUACUUGGAGGAUGCUCAAAGGGAAAAGUGGGCACGACUGUAUUCACCAGUUAAUAGAGGAUGGACAAUGUCCUCAAAUAUAGCCGAGUGUAUUAAUGGAAAACUAGUAGCAGCAAGAGAGUUGCCUAUUUUUGAUUUUCUUGAAGAAGUGAGAAAGAUGUUCGGAAGAUGGAAUUGCACUAAUAGAAGAAACGGUACAUACACAUUCACAACGCUCGGGAAAGCAUUCCAGCAAUUAUUAUCAAUAAAUGAGUGUAAAUCUCUACGUAUGACGGUUGAAGCAUCAACUGAAUUUGUGUAUACCGUGCAUGAUCAAUCAAGGCAUUUCAUAAUUGAUCUUAAAAAGAAAACAUGUCAGAUGUUCCAAAUGGACGAGAUACCAUGUCCGCAUGCAUGGGCUGUUUUGAAGAGUAAGAGCCUUAUGCCUGAUGAUUUUUGCUCAGAUCUAUUCAAACCAAAAACAGUGGUGAAGACGUAUGAUGUGCCAGUUGAUCCUCUCCCUGACGAGAGUGAGUGGAAUAUUCCCAAACACAUAUCCGAUGAAGUUGUUUUACCACCAAGAUACAAGAGACCCCAGGGAAGGCCAAAGAAAAAGCGAGAUAAACCAUUAAUGGAGACGAUGAUUGGUAAACGUAGGAAUGCUUGUAGUACUUGUGGACGCCUUGGCCACAAUAGGCAUUCUUGUUGUAAUGAGCCUCGUAAGAAGUAG